AAUGUAUUUUAAAGUAUUGGUCAAAGUUUAUAUAAUUUGACUCUCGAGAAGAGAAACAUGACAACUAAUUUGGACACAGAAAGUAGUACUAAUAAAUUUAGACAACGUUAUUCUUUAGGCAAAUGACCAUGCCAAAUCGCACAAAAUUAGUCAAUGCAGGCAUUAGCCGGCAUGCCUUCCCAAUUUUAACAUCCUAUAAAUACGCUACUAAACAUGCAACCCUUCAAAUCAUCCAGCUUAUUAACAAAUAUUCUUAGCUAUACAAUAGUUAAUCAAAUUAUUUAAGAAAGCUUUCAAAAAGCAGUAGCUACCACAAGUACAUUCCAAAUGGCAUUGAGAGCUUUGUUGAUUGCACUUGCUGUUAUUAGCAUGGUUGUUUCUCCAGCUAUGGCAACUGAGCAUUUGGUUGGGGAUGAUCAAGGCUGGAAGGUCAACUUUGACUACAAUAAAUGGGCUGAGAGCAAAGAGUUCCAUGUUGGAGAUAAACUCAUUUUCAAGUACAAGGAAGGAGUUCACAAUGUGUACAAAGCAGAUUUGACUGCAUUCCAAAAUUGUGCACCAGGUGCUAAUGUUGAACCCUUAACUACUGGAAACGAUGUGAUUGAACUGAAAUCUACUGGGAAAAAAUGGUACUUGUGUGGAAUAAAAAACCACUGUGAUCAAGGCAUGAAGGUUGCCGUUAACGUUCUGCCAGAAGUACUGGGAGCUCCUUCUACUGCACCUACAAGUCCCCCUGGCUCAUCAUCUGCUUUUGGAAUUAGUCCUAAUUCUAUAUUUGUUGCUAUGAUGAUUGCUGCAUUUGCCAUGUUCUUGAUCAUCAUUGCUUAAGAAUAUUGGGGCAGAUGGUUCUUUAUUUGUGUCUGUUGUUUGGUUAAUUAAUUCUGUCAUUUUUGUUCUUUCCGUGCACUUGAAAUUUUUUCCAUUAAUUCAACAUUUGUAAUAGCAAAUUCGGAGUAUUUAAUAUAUGGUCGUGAGCUCAAGUUAGCGCUAUUUCGUCUCAUGAUCAGUAGUGUUUCCAAUGUCACUAAGGUCCUCUGCAUUUUCCCGGAUUUUUUUUUUUUUUUUUUUUUUUUUUAAGAUUUUCCUUUAAAAGAAAACUAUUACUGUAUCAUCCUACUGCAUAUUGCAAAACAUGCAUCAAUCCAGCAACAGCCUUGUUGCUUCAACUUUAAGAUG